AUGAAACUCAUCCUUGCAGGCUCGACAGGAUUUGUCGGUCGCGAAGUUCUUAAUCAGUGCCUGGCAAACCCCGCCAUAACUUCAAUCGUAGCACUGAGUCGACGCGACCUGCCAGCCCACGACAAACUCAAAGUGGCGGUGAUCGACGACUUCCUUUCGUACCCCGAGUCAGUCCGCGAAGAUAUCAAAGGUGCAGAUGCAUGUAUUUGGACGAUUGGCUUAACGCCUGGAAAGGUCCCCAGACUUGAUGAUGGGACAGCACAACGCGUCAAUAUAGAAUACACAUUGACAGCAGCGCGGGUAUUUCACGAGGUUUGUCAGAAACCUUUCCGGUUUGUGUAUGUUAGUGGUGCCGGCACGGAGCGGAAUCAGAGUAAGUCGCUGUGGGUUAUGCAGGAUUAUCGACGUCUCAGGGGACGAGUUGAGACUCUGCUGUUGAAUUUCGCCAAGGAUCAUUCGGGUUUUAAGUCGUAUAUUAUGCGGCCUGCUAUGAUUAUCUCACCGGGAAUGAGUUUGCACAGCUUGGUAUUUGGGCUUGGACCGUCAGUUAGGGUGGAUGUUCUUGCUAGAUCUAUGAUUGAUCUGGCUCUCAAGGGUGGGGAGAAAGGAGUUUGGGAAAAUUCGGAUAUGAGAUAG